AUGCCUGAUGCCGACAUGGUUAAGCAGGCCUGCGAUGAAUGUCGCCGGCGGAAGGUCCGCUGCAACAACGAUAGGCCGUGCAACCAAUGCGAAUCCGCCAGCUUACGGUGCCACACAUCGCUCAAGCACCGGAAAAAAGGGCGACAAGGAAAAACAGCAAAUGUUCUCAACGAGCUGAGAGCAAAGGGGAUGCAGAGCGAUGAUUCGAUAUCGCAAUCAGCGCAAAAUACACAAUAUGAUUUGCCCAUGGCUGACAGGGCUCCCUCACCUUCGGGGGAAACGGGAAGAUGUCAAUUUUCCAAGUCCGCGGGCCUUGUCAGUCACGAGCUCAUCGCAUCGUGUUCUGAUUACUUCUUCUCUCGGAUGCGUGGCACUGUACCGAUAUUGCAUCCCGAUGCGUUCCAAAGACAGAUUGAUCAGGCGGGCCAAUGUCUGCACGCGUACUGCUUGGUUACAGCAUUUUGCGCAUUUGUGGUGACACAAACUGGAUUUUGUAUCGGCCCUCAAAUUCUCAAUGGUCGCGGCAGUGCCACCCAAGAAGAAUAUCGGGAGAUACUGGUGAAUGAGGCAACCGAGGCAAGGAGGCACCUGGAUCCGUUUAAAGAGCCUAUGAGGCGCACAAUUAUUACUGCAUUUCUACUUUACGGAUGCCACAUUGGACUCGGGAAUCAGCGACACGCAUAUUACUUUCUACGAGAAGCGACCACUAUCUAUACCGCCAGUGCGCUGGACGGUGAGACAUCUACACAAGAUGACGGCGAAGAAUCGUCGCAAUCUGGGAAUCUAUUCUGGUUGUUACUGGUGUCGGAAAGGGCCCAUGCCAUUCGGCGACAUAGGCCUAUCACCCUUCGGAUUUCUGCCGAGACUCCGGAGCUAGAUGAGCCACAAUCGAAUGUGGCGAUUGGAUUUCGGUGCCUUGUCAAUUUAUAUCGACCCUUCGAUGAGAGAUUCCUGAGUCAGUGGAAUGGUGACCAUGCGACUUGCUCAAUAGAAUCCUUGGUCCAGCUCGAAGAGAGAAUUCAAAAUGCUGUGCCAGCGAAUAUCGACUUACCGGAUGUACUGAUGGCCGACUUGCGCGUUUCGCAACAAUGGCUACGGAUCAUGAUCUGGCAGCUUUCCACCACUGCUGGAUUUUUGUCAACUAGUCCUACACAUGAGUGUAUGGAUUUCCGAUACCCAGUCUUGAUUUCAAGGGACCUGUGUCUUGCGACAUGGAAAUUAUCGAAACAAAGUAUGGAGACGCAUGGAAUUGGCCUGAUAGAGAAAAUAUUCGAAGUUGCAUGUACAUUGAUCGAUGUUAUGGCCUGCCUUUCAGCUGCCGGUCUCCGCUCCUCGGGAUUCAAGCUGGGCCCACAAGACUACCUCAAACACUUUUUUACACUCAUAAAUGACUUACCCGGUGGUAGGGCACGAUUCCUUCCGCUACUCCUGACUAAAAUCGGACAAACUUUGCCAUCCAUGAUGGAAACUAUCGCCAUACAUCUUAACCUGAACUCUGAGAUACCCGAACAGGGCUCUGGCAUGCUUGGGUCAUGUUUAGCUCAAGGCUCUGAGAACAAUCCAUCACCGCAGCCGGACUCGUCCAAUGUAAAUUCAGAAUCAUUUUCUGAAGAUUGGGCGUAUAGUCAUUUUAACUACGCAGAGAUGAGUCGGAUCGGGGAUAAGACUCCUGAAAUUGACGAGGCAUUUCUUCAAUACUCCAGUUAUUUUCAAUGA